GACAAUUCACGAAACCCCGUGAAAAGUAUCAAACGGUUUUGAUAUCUUUUUCGCGAAGAAGUAAUUGUCCGACUGAGAGAAUGUUCGUUGGCGGUGAUAAUGGAACAUACACUCAAUCUCCGCCAAAGUCUAUUAAAGUAAAAUAAUGUUUUCCACAGUAAAAGUUCGGUGAAAACAACAAGGUCGUACUUCCGCCAGUCCAGGUCCGUACAUGUGUCUGGGGACAUAGUGAGUGGUUUUCCUGGAAAGUAGCGUCGCGAAAAGGGACUCGCGUUAUGGAAAAUAGAAAGUAUGCAACGCUGCAGCUACCCCGGCGGGCUCCAGCCCCUCUACGUAACUCCGCAAGUGAUAGUUGCCUCGAGUCGGAAGUUAUCAGUGUUCUAGUGCGGGAAAUCAAUGAUAUCUCAACGGAAGUGAAAACGUGUAAAAUUCGAAUUGCAGAGCUGGAAAAGGCAAUUGAAGACUUGCACCAGAAUCGACGCAACAAUGUUCGAUCCAAGUUCGAUAUUUUAGCGGAUUUUCUCAAAUUGGGGAGUUGGCGAGCACCUCGGCAUUUGCGUAAGAGUCGAAUGUUCUUCCAGCGGAGACGAUCGUCAGAUUUGAUAAUUUCCGAAGAACUAAGUUACAAAACAGACCUUUCUUCCGUCACCAAGGAUAAGCUAUACUGUCAUGUCCCUAGAAUCGUUGUCGCCUGCUGCGAGCUUAUAGAAGAGAAAUCGAAAAACCAAAUGGUCGGCGGUCUCUACCGGGUCCCUGGAGAUUAUGCACAAAUCAAACGUUUACGUCGGAAAAUCACCUUCGAAAAUAACUACAAAUGCUUACAAGAAGUGCAUAGCAUCCACACACUGGCAGGUCUGUUGAAAAUAUUUUUUCGUGACAUCGAUCCACCGCUGAUUAAAAGUGACGAGAUCGAACGAUUUCCCGGCCUGGACACCGCAAGAUGGACGAUCUGCUUGCCACGAGCCAGGGUACGGUCGAUGCAGAAAUUCAUUGCAACAUUGCCGGAUGAAUAUCGGGAGACACUAAGAUACUUUUUGUGUCAUCUGAAGAAAAUGUGUUCUGACUACCCGAAGAAUUUGAGUUCACAAAGUGUCGCCAUUUCAAUCGGACCGUCGAUACUACACAUAACCGCGGAAUACCGAGGAAAUAUUCAAGAAAGACUGAAAGAAUAUGGGACCUUAAAUGAGUACUUACAUUUCAUGAUUGAUUAUUGCGACGAAAUAUUCAGCUGCAACUUCACAGCGCGAGCGCUAAACGACUCCCUACUAAAUUCGAUGUUUAUUGAUUAGUCGUUCCUUCGUUGAUGGAUCUCCAGACAAUGCAGUACAUGAAUUAUUACCAUGAAUUACUAAGUACUUACAAGUAUAUCUAUUUGUAUUGUAAAUAAAUAAUUUGUCUUACAUUAUUGUUGAAUUAAGAAAUAGUUUAUAUAGAGACAUAUGUUCUACAAAUUUAUUAUCUUAUUGUUGAAUAUAAAUAAUUUGUUUGUGAUUAAAUGCAUU